UGUGUUAUAUUGACAGAGGUGCCUCUACAACUACAGCUCAAAAUCAACCAGCUAUGCAGAACCCAGUCACCUCCUAUCCAGUUUAUCAGUGCAGAUGUAUAUGGACUUGUGAGUAGCGUAUUCUGUGAUUUUGGGGAUGAAUUUGAAGUGAUGGAUGUAAACGGAGAAGAAAUCAGGGAUACAUUUAUAGAAAAUGUGACAAAGGAUAACCCUGGAGUUGUAACGUGUCUGAAGGACAAGUUUCAUGGACUUGAAACAGGUGAUAUGGUGACCUUCAGGGAGCUCAAUGGAAUGGCUGCACUGAAUGGAAUGACCUGCAAGGUCAAAGUAUUAACCCCAUCGACUUUUGCGAUCUGUGAUACCAGUGGGGAAGCCUUCACACCAUACGAACAUGGCGGCAUCAUCACCCAGGUCAAGGCCUCACAGAAAUUCUCAUUUAAAAGUAUGGAGUCACAGCUGAAGGACCCUGCUCUAUUGAUACCAGAUCUGUCCAAAUUUGGUGCUCCCUCAAAUCUACACCUAGCAAUGCUAGCUCUACACCAAUACCACCAGGAACAUAACUGCCAGCUCCCUAAUGUAUGGUGUCAGAAAGAUGCAGCUAGAGUU